CAGGGUUUUGCUGAAAUGAAAGUGGAAGUGUAUCUCAGGCCCAGCUUGGUGAGGAAAAAGACACCUCCGAAGGCACGAGCAAGAGUUCAGUUACAGGGGACACUGGCACUUUGUGCCCAGCUCUGAAGCCUCAGCUCCUGUCAACCGGACCCAGGCCCGUGUCAGUGAUGAAUGAUGAUGCCGCCCUCAGUGCCCUCCGGGAGGAGCAGGCCACACUGAAGAGCAGGCUGCAGGAGCUGCGGCGGCAGAGGGAGCUCAGGGCCCUACCCUACGACCAGGUCCCAUUCCAGGCACCUGCGGUCCCCUUGGUGUUCCAAGGAAACACUCAGCAGGGCCAGGAAGCACCCAAGUGGUUGGUUUCCAAAGUGCGGAUCUACUACCCUCUGUCUGGAGGCUCUGCUCUAGUCACCUUCGAUGACCCCAAGGUGGCUGAGAGGGUGUUGCAACAAAAGGAGCAUGAGAUCCACAUAGAGGAAUGCCGGCUGCGGGUGCAAGUGCGGGCUGUGGAGCUGCCCGUGGUGACCACCGUCCAGGUGUCCACUCAGGUAAGCAGGCACAGCGUGCUGGUCAGUGGGUUUCCUGCCGGGCUCGGGCUGAGUGAGGAGGAGCUGCUGGACAAGCUGGAGAUCUUCUUUGGCAAGACCAGGAACGGGGGUGGUGAUGUGAAGACUCGGGAGCUGCUGCGAGGGGGUGUCGUGCUGGGUUUCACUAAGGACGCAGUGGCCCAGUACCUGUGCCGGGUUGGCCAGUUCACAGUGCCACUGGGCAGGCGAAAGUGCCCUUUGAGAGUCUCUCCCUACCUCAGUGGGGAGAUCCAGAAGGCUGAGAUCGCGUUCUGGCCGGUGCCCCAGUCAGUGCUGGUGCUCAACAUUCCUGAUGUCCUGGAUGGCCCGGAGCUGCAGGACAUCCUGGAGAUCCACUUCCAGAAGCCCUCCCGUGGAGGUGGGGAGGUGGAGGCCCUGAGAGUCGUGCCCCCUGGACAGCGGGGCCUGGCGGUCUUCACUGCCACAUCGGGCUAAGAGCCUGCCCUCCUCUGCGCCCACACCCAUCUGCCAAGCCUCUCGAACCAGACUGGAGCGGGGUGCACGGGUGCAAGAGAUCGUGCAGGUCGACAGUGGCAGGGAUUAUGGGUUGUGAAAUGCUGCCCAAGAACAAUAAAAGUGGCGUGAUCUUC